UUUGCUUUCGUGGCCUUUUCUUUAUUUACAAAUAUUAUCCAAUUGGACAUUAGCAACGACGGUGUUCUGUUUUCACAACAUUCGUCACCAUAACAACAAACUAAUGAAAUCUUUCACGUAGCCAUCGUCACUAUAAACAAAGGCUUGAAGUAGCAAAUCAAACGAACCACAACCUUGUAUUCCAAAGAAACGACUAUAUCAUACCGUCAUGAUAUUCCAAUUCUCGACAAGACAUGAUGGCGGGGGAAGAUAGACAACGGGAGGAAAGUUGUGAUGCAUUUUUCUCUCUUUAACUAACCGAACUUGCAAGGUAGAUUAAAGACGUCUAGAUGACAAUAGCUACGCAGAUGAAUAGGGGUUAUGACAGUAACACUGUUGCUGUUAGAAAUGAAGGUAUUCCAAUUGUUUUGAUUACAACACAAGAGGAAAGUGAUGAUGAUGAAUAUAAUGUUGAGUUAUCUGAAGUUUUGCCACUGCCAGCAUCCAAGUAUCGAUAUACAAAAUGGCAUGAGAUUGAAGAUGUGAAUGUCAGCUCAAGUGCUCUCAAAACGCCAAGAGUCAGAAGAGCACCUCUAUCUUAUAAAAAAGACACAAUAUAUGCUAUAGAAGAAGAAUAUGCAGAUAACAGUGAUGUUGAUAUAGAGUCUGGAAAAGUCUCUAAAAAGAAAUUUAAAAAGUUGAGGUCCAAGAAACAGCAAGAUUACAGAAACAAGUUAGAAGACUGGCCAAAUUGCAAAUUUGUAAAUUUAUCAUACCAAGAACUGGGCCAUGGAUAUCAGUUGAAAGAGUUUUAUAAAGUCCUUCGUAAACUUCUGAGAUGUCAGGAAAUUGAGUUGAUGGAUAACUCUUUGGCAGACCUCCACACAAUUUCAUUUCCAAGCUGCACAAGACUGUAUCUCCAACGAAAUUUUUUAUCUUCAUUCAAGAAAUUGCCCAUUAUUCCAAAUGUUGAACAUUUAUCACUGCAACAAAAUAAUAUAUCAUCAUUCAAUGGACUUGAAAUAUUUAAAAGAUCAAGAUUAAAGUCGUUAAUUCUUGAAGGCAACCCAUUAUCUUUGGAAAAGUACUACAGGCAAAGGGUUUUCAAAAUUUUACCAGAUUUGAAGUUAUUGGAUGGAUUACCAAAGACACCCUUGGAUGAACAAAUGACAAAAGACACUGAACCUGAAGUAGGCUCUUGUAUCAUUUCAUAGUUUUAAUUUGAUAAUUUGUAGAUAGAUGAUUUUUUGAAUAUAUGUAGUCUUCUUUUUGAUAUGUAAUAUUUAUAGAAAAAUAUUUGUAUUAAUGGUAAGCAUUUGCAAGUAAUAAUUUCUUAUGUAAACUAUGUAAGAAACUCAAAAUUCAAAUACAGCCAUUUUGCCUCAAGAUCAUGUUAUUUAAAUUGUCUUGAGUAUAUGGUAUAUUUUCUAGAAUCCAUUUCCAGUCUAAAGUCAAAUUUGCAAAUGUUUCCAGUGUAAUAUUCUUUCAGAUGUAUAUUGUUUUUUAUUAAAGAUAACCCUUUAGGGCCACAGAUAAUAUAUAAAGCCUUGUCAACAGUGGUGUAAAUAGUGGGUUAUCAAAGGAGACAAAAAACCCUGUGAAGCUAAACUGUUAUUUUUUCGGAAAAUUUCUGAUCUUGUUGGAAACAUAACAUGGUUGUCUAUACUUUAUCUAAGUGUUACAUCUUAAGGGGAAACAUAUUAAAGCUAAAUAUAAUAAUUUCUUCCAUUGUUCUGAAUCAGAUGGGUAAAAUUCAUUUUUGAUAGGAGACAGCAAGAAAAUCUUCAAGUAGUAUGAUUUUAUGACACUUGACUUGGUUAGAUUUUGUCAGAAAAUCUAAAUUUCUCACCCCUCCUAUAAUUCUCCUAUUCUAGCUUCCAUUAAACUCAAGACAAAGUCUGUUUUUUCGACAAUUAAAUUUUUCGAUAUUGUAGUGUGAACAUAAACCUGUGUCGAACUUUGGUUGUUGGUAUGACAUGUUUCCACAUGCAGACAUUUAAACUGUGCUUCUAGCGAAAGACUUCUGAAUUCUCCAAAAGUUUUGUCAUCUCUUCAACAACAUUCCUCUUUAUAUUUCUGUCAUCCAACCUAGCUUGAAUUUUCUUGCCUUCUAAAGUUGAAAGACUUUUUCACCACACAAAGUCUAGCCAUGUUCACAAGCUUUCUUGAAGAAAAUUAAUCUUAAAUUAUAGUGAAGUGAGGGGACUUGGCUCUUCUUCAGCCUACACAAAUAAAGCAGAGUAGUCUUGGAUAAUCUGCAAUAGCACCACCAAUGUACAUUUGUGUCUACUCUGCAAAAAGGCUAUACCCGUAUAUCCACAGUGUGAAAAUCUAACUGGGGUACGCACAAAUUUAGGGCAUACAGAGGCUAGUUAUUAUAGUUUGGACAGGGCUGAAGGUAUUUCCUUUUUGGUACUAAUAAGCAAACUGAUAAUGAGUCUUUUGUGAUUUUUAAGUAAUUGAUUGAUUUAAUUGAUGUGCACUUCAAGGGAUGCCUUCCUAUACCAUGCUGUAGAAGUUUAGUUUUUUGUAAAUUAUAAAAGUUUAUGUCAUGUAAAGUAGUAUGUAACUCAUAAUAGAGGUAAAUUGACCAAUAAGUGCAAGACAUUUUUUGCAAAAUCCAUU